CGCGCCCCCCGGCCGCCCGCGCGCGGCUCCCGGGCCCGGCGGCGGGCGCGGCGCGGGCGGCAGCAUGGUGGAGAAGCGUUGCCCGUUGCAGAGGGACGGCGUGUACCGCUGGUUCUCCGAACUGCCGUCGCCGCAGCGCGUGGAGUUCCUGUGCGGCCUGCUGGACCUGUGCAUCCCGCUCGAGCUGCGCUUUCUCGGCUCGUGCCUGGAGGACCUGGCACGCAAGGACUACCAUUCGCUGCGCGACUCGGAGAUUAAGGCCAACAACCCGGCGGACCUGGGCAGCCUCACCAACCUGACGGACGAGGUGGUGCGCAGCAAGCUGCUGGUGUCGCUGGCGCUGCUGGGCUCGGAGCAGCGCGAGGCUGCGGGCGUGCUCUACCGCACGCUCACGCACACCGACUCCAUCAUCCACAACUACGGGCUGCAGCUCAACGAGGGCCGCACGGGCGAUGAGUUCCUUCUCCUCUUCACCAUGGCCUCGAACCACCCGGCCUUCAGCUUCCACCAGAAGCAGGUGCUGCGCCAGGAGCUCACACAGAUCCAGAGCAGCCUGAACGGCGGCGGUGGUGGCGGUGGCGGCGGCGGUGGUGGUGGCGGCGGCGGCGGCGGUGGUGGGAAGAGCGCGCCGGGACCCAGCGGCGCGCUGCCCACCUGCUCGGCCUGCCACAAGAUGGCUCCCAGAACUGAGACCCCUGUCAGCAGCAUCAGCAACAGUCUGGAGAACGCAUUGCAUACAUCAGCACAUUCCACGGAGGAAUCCCUGCCCAAGAGGCCUUUGGGAAAACAUGGCAAAGUGAGUGUUGAAAAGAUAGACCUGAAGGGACUAUCACACACAAAAAAUGACAGAAGUGUUGAGUGUUCCUUUGAGGUCUUAUGGUCUGAUUCUUCAAUAACAUCAGUUACUAAGUCUUCCUCAGAAGUGACUGAAUUUAUUUCAAAGUUAUCCCAACUCUGCCCUGAAGAGAACUUGGACAAACUCAUUCCUUGCUUGGCUGGCCCGGAUCCCUUCUAUGUGGAGCGUAACCAUGUUGAUUUGGAAGCAGGCCUAAGGUUCUUGGCUUCAAUACCUUCUCAUACACUGAAGCACGACCACGUUAGGAAGUUCUUCAGUACUUCAUCUCCCUCCCAACAGCUCCAAAGUCCAAGUCCUGGCAACCCCUCCCUUCCUAAAGUGGGUACCAUGAUGGGCGUGUCUGGAAGGCCUGUAUGUGGCGUGGCUGGCAUCCCAUCCUCACAGAGCACCACCCAGCACCACCUGCAGCACUCGGCCAGCACAUCUGCCUCCCUGCCCCACUGCUCCCACACAGGGGGUGCAGGCUCAGCGCUGGCGUACCGGACCCAAGUGGACAACUCGCCUACCAUCCUGAUGCCCUCCAGUCUGCAGGCCCCUCAGCCCCAGGAGCAGAAUGGGAUUUUAGACUGGCUUAGGAAGCUGCGCUUGCACAAGUAUUACCCUGUCUUUAAACAGCUCACCAUGGAGAAGUUUCUGAGCCUUACUGAAGAAGAUCUGAAUAAAUUUGAGUCCCUCACCAUGGGAGCCAAGAAGAAGCUCAAGACUCAGUUGGAGCUAGAGAAGGAGAAGUCAGAGAGACGGUGCCUCAACUCCUCAGCCCCAUCCUUGGUCACCAGCAGCGGAGUGGCUCGAGUCACCCCCACCAGCCACGUGGGGCCUGUGCAGCCUGGGCGUAGCAGCCACGCUUCAGAGCUGCGGGUGGAGGUGGAGCCGCCAGCUCACCAGCUGCCCCGAGAAGGCAGCUCCUCCGAGUAUUCCAGUUCCUCCUCUAGCCCCAUGGGUGUGCAGGUUCGAGAGGAGAGCUCAGACAGCGCUGAGGAGAGCGAUAGACGUGUGGACAUCCAUGCUGAGGGGACUGAGAAGGAGAAGCCCGUGAUGCUCCUGCCUCACUUCCCAUCCAGCUCGGCAAGACCCACAGCCCAGGUUCUGCCUGUGCAGAACGAGAGCAGCCCCAGCCCCGCUGUUCACCCUCUGCCCCCACAGCUCAUGCCUGCCGCAUCUCACCUGGCGCCCGUCCGCAUGCUGAACUCAGUGCACAAGUCAGACAGAGGCAGCGCAGACGUGAAGCUUCUCUCAUCGUCCGUCCACUCCCUUCUGUCUCUGGAGGAAAGGAACAAGGGGCCUGGUCCUAGAAGUGGCACAAAGGUGGACAAGAGCUUUGGCGGGGCUGUGCUGGACACACUGCCCUCAGCAGCGCCCCACCCGCCAGUGCAGGGCCUCUCGGGCCUUGUAGAGAACAACUCUGUGUCACCAACCGUCUCCUUUGGUCCCCGGGCCAAAGUUGUACACGCAGCCACACUGGACAGGGUGCUGAAGACAGCGCAGCAGCCAGCCUUGACUGUGGAGACCAGCUCAGCCGCCACAGGGACACCAAGCACCGUCCUGCAUGUGGCCCGGCCACCCCUCAAGCUGCUGCUGUCUUCCUCUGUUCCCGCUGAUGCUGCCAUCUCUGGGCAGACUUCUUGUCCCAGCAACGGGCAGAUCAGCGUGCCCCCUGCAAUAAUGAACCCCCGGACUGCUCUGUACACAGCCAACACCAAAGUUGCCUUCUCUGCAGUGAGCAGUGUGCCUGUGGGCCCGCUGCAGGGCAGCUUCUGCGCCAAUAGCAACACUGCCUCCCCCAGCAGCCACCCCUCCACGUCUUUUGCGAGCAUGGCCACUCUACCCAGUUGCCCAGCCCCUAGCUCCAGCCCUGCCCUCUCUUCUGUCCCUGAAAGCAGCUUCUACAGUGGCGGUGCUGGCAGCAGCUCCCCAGGAAACCUUCCUGCUUCUAGUCAGAGCCACCACCAUCACCACCACCAUCAGCAGCCCCCCGCACCCCCCCAGCCUGCGCCGCCCCCACCCGGCUGCAUUGUCUGCACGUCCUGUGGGUGCAGUGGCAGCUGUGGCUCCAAUGGCCUCACGGUCAGCUAUGCCAACUACUUCCAGCACCCGUUCUCGGGGCCGUCCGUGUUCACCUUCCCUUUCCUGCCCUUCAGUCCCAUGUGCGGCAGUGGCUAUGUCAGUACCCAGCAGUAUGGUGGUGGCUCUGCCUUCCCUGUGGCACACACACCCUACAAUGGCAGUGUGACUCCAGACCCCGUCCUAGGUGGGCAGGCCACAUUUGCAGUGCCACCCAUGCAGAACUUCAUGGCAGGGACAGCGGGGGUGUACCAAGCCCAAGGCCUGGUGGGCAGCACCAAUGGCUCCAGUCACAAAAAGAGUGGGAAUCUGUCCUGUUACAACUGCGGGGCCACCGGCCACCGUGCCCAGGACUGCAAGCAGCCGUCCAUGGACUUCAACCGGCAAGAACAUUUUAUUAAGCCAUGAAAAAUCACAUAGAGAACUGAAGUCAAGUUGCUGUGGAGCCAUGGAGACCUAAGGAAAACCACAUAGAGAGCUGAAGUCGAGUUGCUGUGGAGCUUAAUAUUUUAACCCAAAGGUGCUUUACUUCACUGUACUGGAUAGCGAAUCUAGCGUACAAGUCCGUCACACUCGAUUUCAUUGCCAAAUUCCUAAUUGUGGAGCUUGAUCCAAGGAUUGCCUAGUAGACACUGCUGUGGCAGGACCGGGCUGUCACACCAUUGCUGCAGCGGGAAGACCUGUCUCCUGAAGACCGAUGGUCCUUCUAGGCUCACACGUAAUUCCAGGGCAGCUAUGCACGACCUGAGUCGAGACUGCAGGUCAGAGUUCUCUCGAGUUCCCCGGGACCCCUUUUUGGACUAGGAAGCGCCGGCCGGAUUUUGCUGUUUCCUACAGUGGGAGCCUCGCAUUUGGCUUCUUACGGAUUGCACUACCUGACAAAGGCUCUGCAGCCUGGGAGGCAGGCUCUGCUGGGACCCGACAAUGUAGGGGACUCCAUCGGUGGGCAUUGGAGUUGGCACCAGCAGGCUGCUCCGCCAAGAACACCCUGAAAUCGAUAGCAGGGUGUUCUGUAGAUACUUGGAGCAGUUCCAGGUUUUUAAUAUUUUUUUCUGUAAACAAAUUUACACUAUAUUAGUAAAUAAGACAUAGCUCACUCUCGACAACUUCAUUUCUAAGGGUCCAAGUCCCAGGGAAUCCAGUUACCGACCGAGGCUUGAGACCACCCCUCCCGCUGGAGGCUUCGAGCCUGCUCUCCAAAUAAGAACCAACUCUUGAGGACUCGGGGUGACUCGGCUUUGUGAGUUGGCUGUGACUGAUGCGCCUCAUUCUUCAGGAAGCUGGCAAGCUACUGUGUCUAAAAUGGCUUCCCAGGACCCCAGCCCCAGAGCUCACUGCUGAUGGAGCCACACUUGACACAGACAUCUAGCAGUAAUACAGUCCUGUGAUUCGUGAACACAAGCCUGGAAACUGUUGGCUUCUUUUGUAUUAGGCUGUGUGUUGAUUGUUAAUUCCGUUAAAAUUGCCUGGAAAACUUCAGUAGAGAGAUGCACGACUCCUCGAAACCGCUCACCAGUUACAGUCCAGACCAGGGGUGGGGGUGGGUCCUCACUCCUCAAUAUGGUGUGAACGUUUCAACCCAACCCAGCGGAGGCGUAAGGGACUUAGACCUCUGAGGUUAAAGGGAAUUUUAUGCUCAAAUAAUGUUAUUUAUAAUGCUAAAGCCUUUGGUAUUAGAAAUCAAUGGUGAGAUCUUGCCAAGGAUUUUCCAGCUUCUUACUGAUGGAGAAGAAAAAUCACAGUCCUUAAACCAUUCUUCAGAUGGGACAAUCACCCUCACACAGAAUUAGUGUAAAUCACAAAAUACCCUCGAACUGGAGGCAUUGUGGUAUGAGGCUUCAUUCAUGUUCUGAGAUGGGGGGCUUUCUGUCUGUGGAGACCCACAGAAGGCCUGAGCGUCGUGGAUUCUAUGCAAUGCAGGCUCGAUAGACCACUCGUCUGUCCAUGGCUCACAGUAUCACGUCUGUUCUGAGGUGAGGGUAAUGAGGCGUUAGGGAUGCUCUGCUGAUCUCACUCAGAAACACUACAAAUGUCAAUAUAAGAACUGACACAACUUUGCCUUAAAGAGCACCAGACUGGGAUUGGUUAUAUUGUGUUAAUAAGGAAGACUUAGAGUGUUCGCUGAUGUUUACGAUUUUAAUAUUUCUGAAGGCCAUCACAGUGGCCUGGGUAUGUGCUGAAAGCCAAACUUUUCAAUUUUUUGGUUUUUUUUUUAAACAAAGAAAUAUUUUAAAUAAAUCCUAUUUCAACACAGAAGUUGUUGAAAACUGUCUCAUAGCAAAAGAAAAAAAUCAUAUUUAAGUUUUCUGUUUUGUGGUCAGUAUAGGAAAUGGAAGUGUCUUACAGCUGUUGACCCGAAAGACGACAGUCUGCUGUGGCAACUCCCAGUUACCUUGUGGCAUUCAGCCGAGGUGAGCGAGCUCUGGCACCGUCUCAGCUGGCCAGGCAGCAGAAGUCUGUGUGUGGAAGCCGUGGCUGCCUUUGGAAGAGCUGUGGUAUGGCAUUUCUGUGAAGCCAACCAGCCAGAUAGGAUGAGAGGAGCAUGCACGGCCUGGACGCACGCAUGGGCGGAGGUUUGCAGGUGGGGCUCAUCCCCGAGCCCGAGUCAGCCUGACCAGCAGGCACUUCCUCAGCAGACUUCAUUGUUACACACCUGACAGACCAGCCUUUUGCGGUCAUUUCUCUAAAACUGCUCAGUCAGAUGGCAGUGGUGCCCACGUGGGACGGCCCAGGACUCCACCAUCAGAUUCUAAUCCUGUGUUAACAUCUCAGGGUCCAGAGGGGGAUGGAAAUUCAGAUAGGAAGGAGGGCACAAUGGUGAAACAAACAGCUAUGUGACCUUUGUGUUGUUGUAGCAAAAAUACUCAGUUUUCUACUCUCCUUUCUCGUUUUCAUUUCAUGGUCAAUAGUGAAAAUUGGGAAGUGUUCUAAUGCUGAAACCACCUGACUGCUGACCGGCACCGAGGGAUGGGGUCUAGCGCUCACAGUGAAGACAGUCACUGGAGUGUAUGAUUGGGUAUCAGAAAAUCAGUGGCAUAGUCAUCUCCAAAGAUGCCAGCAGCUGGCCUAUUAAUACAGUGACAGCAGUGCCCGUGCGGGACUCAGCAGGCAUCUGGCCUUCUGCAGGUCAGCCUGGCUGGUACCACGCACACGCGUGUACCCAUGCCAUGCCAUCCCGUGAGGACAGCCCAAUGGGAAUUGGGUCUCACCCUCCCCACUCCAUCCCUGGCGUUUGGUCAAUGUGCUACUUUUACAUCCAGCUAAUGGGCGACAUUACUUACCGAAGUCUUAAAAGGUUGCAGGGACUUGGGCUAUCUGUUCAACCUCAUCCUCAAGGACAGUCUUGGGGAACUUGAGUAGGGAUAGCUGUCGUUUCCAAAGUGCAGGUGACUCCUAUAGAGAAAAUCAGGUGGCCCAAGAAACCAUCAAUCCAGAGAUGGGAUAAAUGAUCCUUCUCAGGAUUUCACUGCAGAUGUAGGCACCUGUAGUUAACACUUGGCAAUAUUUCAGAAACCACAUACUGUACUGGCAGGCCCAGGGCCAGGGUCUGCUCUGCCACAAGGGGGCAGUGACCCAGCCUUCAGCACAGGUCAGUUCUCAUGCACAGAGGUGUUGGUACCAAGACUGAAACCUUCAUAGAUUCUAUCUUCUUUUUAGGAAUGAAGGACAAUUCUCCCAUUUUUGAGCCAUUCUUUUGUCAAUUCUACAAAAUUGCAUGUAACUUUAUAAAUAUUUUUAAAAGAUAUAGUUUUGUAAAUAUUUAAUAUUCUGCUAAUUUGAUUUUGAAUUGUAAAUGUCAAGUAUUCUGUUUUUGGGGUUUUUAUGUUUUAUUAUACUUUGUUAAAAAGGAAAAAUUGUACAUUUUUAGACUGUUUUUAUGAGUAAAUUU